AUGGCCGCCAAACGCGUCUAUCGCGUUCUGAAAGUCGGUUCAUGGGAUCAAGGAACAAGGAAUCCAGCGAGGCCUACUUCGAUAUGGGAGGAAACCACGGAAGACCCUUCGUCGUUUGAAAUAAAUAUUGUUCUCGAGUCUUCGAUACUUACCUUUGAGUAUGGCGACGAGCUCAUGACACCGAAGAAUAAUGAAAGGAAGAAAGUGCUGAAGGGGUAG